AUGACUUCUUCUCAAAAAAAUUCCAAGGGGUCUCGACGCAGCCAGCGGGUGCUCGAUAGGGAGAUGGCCAAGAUGAGAGAAAAUCGGGAGAAGCGCAAACAGCCGGACUUGGCGAUGCAGGGCCGUGAACCUAAAAUGUCGAUCCUGAUGCUCCCUAACGAAAUACUUCUUUUAAUCGCGAAAUUCAUGGAUGUAUCAAGUUUGGCGGCAACGGUUCGAGCUGCCCGAUUCAUGAAUGACUUGCUGGACAAGGAGCUGUACAACAGGGCGGUUAGUUUCGUCCCCAGACGCGUUGGCUCGGUGGUGGAAUGGGCGGCCAAGCAAGGUCGGCCAGAGACUAUCAGAAAGGUCUGUGAGAAGAUGCCGGCAAACACAGACUGGGAUAUUGUGAUCGUAAAAGGGAUCGCCCAGGCGAUCUUUGCCAAUCAGGUGACAACCCUGGAUUUCCUGUGCUCCGACAAAUUCAAACCGAGUCGGGCAGGUCAAUGCAUCCGGGAUCCUCCUUCUUCUCUCGACUCUCUGGACGCGGUUAUGUUUCCCGGCAAUCCCGUGGACGUUGCCGCGUAUAUCGGAAGCGUGGGUGUGCUGCGAUACCUCCGGGAGAAGGGGGUGCCGUUCGGAACGCCUGGAUUUUACUACUCCGCGUUCAUGUUCGAAGGGGGGAAUGGAUGGAGGUUGGGUGACACGCAAGUGGCCGAAGAGCUGGUCCGCCUCGGGUUCAAUUCAAAGCUAGAGACAUUACGCGGCACUUGCAACCAAUCGCUGCUGCACGAUGUGGCAACACGCGGGAGUACGGCACACGUGGAUCUGCUGGCGAGGGCGGUGCCCGAGCUUCUGAAUCUCCCGGAUGUGGACGGGAGAACGCCGUUGAUGUACGCCAUCGCCUCCAUGCAGAUGCACUGCGCGAGACACAUGGUGACCGUUACCGGGGCGGACGUGAACUUGGGGAAUUCCAACGGGGUCACGGCGCUGCACAUGGCCGUCUGCGGAGAUGACACCCGCCUGGUCGAGGCCUUGAUCAGCCGCGGAGCGGACGUUAACGCGCGGACCUUGACCCGGUUGACACCUUUGCAUAUGGUGACCGAUACCAGCGAUGGAAAGAUCAAAAAUCCUCAGAUGGUGGAGAUCCUCCUCAGUCGAGGGGCAUUUUGCUCCCCCCGGGACAAAAAGGGCAACACGCCACUGAGCAAUGCGCUGGCGGCGCAGAAUAUCCGGCAUGUUGAGUGGCUGAUGAGAUGUGCUAAGCAUCACGCGUACGAGUUUCAGGACACUCAACAGCUGUUGGAUGCCUGUCGCGUGGGCAGCUUGCAGAUCGUCCAGAUCUACGCGCAGCGCGAGGGAUUCAACAUCGAAGAACACGAAGAUCAUUGGCAUAGGUCGGCAUUGCACCUAGCGGCAAUCGGCGGAUAUGUCAAGAUCCUGAGCUUCCUGUUGCCAAAGUGGAAGAACGUCGAUCACCGUGACGUGGGCGGCCGAACGGCGCUGUGGUAUGCCUGUUGCAAGAUCAAGUCGGCCUGCGCAUACAAACUGGUCCGCGCCGGGGCGUCGCUGGACUCGGCUGAUGAGUCUGGCCGGACCCCAUUGAUGAAUUUCACCAAGCACGUUCGAAGUGAGCCGACGAUGGCAUACUUUCUGAAAUCAUCGGAGAAGCUCGAAGCAGUCGACAUGAUGGGGCGCACGCUUUUGCAUCACGCCGCUCGCUACGGAAACGUGUCGGCCACGCGGUCGAUCGUGCGGUAUCGAAGGAAGCUGGCGGGCCAAUUUGCCAUGAUGGGGCAGUCCGCCCUGCUAAUCGCUCUCAAGUACCAUCGCCGCCGCGUAGCGCGGUUCCUGCGGCGGGUGAUCUUGCUGAGGCGAAAGGACUACAGCUGGCUCGCGAUGAAUGGAUUCCACAAGGAGGUCACGUGGAUCGGGCAGGGGCGAGGAUGGGCCCGCACGCGUAAACAUUGGACUGACAGGCGGGAGGAACUUGAGAGUCUGAAAGUCGGAAGUCGAAAGUUAGGAAGAAGGUGA